AUGUUCUUCAAGACGGAUCUACGUUAUGUUGUUAUUGUUGCUGCUAUGACAAUCACGAUUUACUCCCAGCGUUGGAAGAGGGAGUUAUUUGAGGUCCAAAAGGUGGUGUGUGGUGAGUAUUACAGAGGGGUAUUGAACGAUGACGGAGGAGGAUGGGAGAAAGGGAUUGUGCGGUUGUUUGAAGUUAUGAAUGUGAACUACAGUGAGUAUUUGUUGAGUGUAUGGUGCAAGGGAGUAAAUAUUGUCGAAGGCACGGGAAGGAGGCGAAAGAUGAGAGUAAAGGUUAACAACUAUGAUACUGUAAGUGUAGAGACAAUGUGUGGUGAUUUUCUCUCUUGGAUUUGUGUACUCCGAGAAAAGAAAUUUGAAGCAAACAAAAUACAGCAAAAAAGGGCAGAUUAG